CAGGGGUUUAGGCUCUUCGGUCAUCAACGGACGAAAAGCUCAGGAGAAGCGAGUGCGAUGAUUACAACCAAAAUGUCCAUGCUUCAGCACGUGUGCUCCGUCCCUCUCACACGUGCGAUCCGCCCACGUCCCUUCACCGUCUCCGGCGCCGCCACUGCCGUCACGCCGUCGCGUAACCUCACCGUCUCCUUCCCUUCCUCCUCCUCCUCCUUACGUACCCCUCACGUAGACACCCGCGUCCUCCUCGGCAUGUCUGAGCAAGACCUUCAGCAACUUGCCGUCGAUUUCGGCCAGCAAAGGUACAGAGGAAAGCAGCUACACCAUUUAAUUUACAAGAGAAAGGCAAAAGAGAUUCAGGAUUUUAGUCACUUGCCACAAGCAUUUAGAAAUGAUCUUAUGGAGGCUGGAUGGACGAUUGGGAGGUCUCCUAUUUACCACACUGUUACUGCAGCUGAUGGCACUGUUAAGUUAUUGAUAAAGUUGGAGGACAACAGAUUGAUUGAAACAGUGGGUAUACCAGUUGAAGAUGAAAAGGGUUCAAUGCGACUUACUGCAUGCGUGUCAUCACAGGUAGGCUGUCCAUUGCGCUGUUCAUUUUGUGCCACUGGAAAGGGAGGGUAUUCAAGGAAUCUUCAGAGGCAUGAAAUUAUUGAGCAGGUAUUGGCUAUUGAGGAUAUCUUCAAGCGCAGGGUGACAAAUGUAGUGUUCAUGGGAAUGGGGGAGCCCAUGUUGAACUUGAAGUCAGUACUUGACGCACAUCGAUGCUUGAAUAAGGAUGUGCAGAUUGGGCAAAGAAUGAUUACAAUUUCCACUGUGGGAGUUCCAAACACCAUAAAAAAGCUGGCUUCUCACAAGCUACAGUCAACAUUGGCUGUCAGCUUACAUGCUCCAAACCAGGAACUCAGGGAAAUGAUUGUGCCUAGUGCAAAAUCUUACCCCCUUGAUGCAAUCAUGAAGGAUUGCCGGGAUUAUUUUGUUGAAACCAGCAGACGAGUCUCCUUUGAAUAUGCACUUCUAGCUGGAGUCAAUGAUUCAGUAGAGCAGGCAGUAGAACUAGCUGAGCUGCUGCAUGAGUGGGGACGUAAUUAUCAUGUCAAUCUCAUACCUUUCAAUCCAAUAGAGGGUUCUGAGUACCGGCGGCCAUACAAGAAAGCAGUGUUAGCAUUUGCAGGUGCACUGGACUCCCGUAAAGUAACUGUUAGUAUACGUCAAACAAGGGGCUUGGAUGCAAGUGCUGCCUGCGGUCAGCUGAGAAAUAACUUCCAGAAAAAUCCUCUGCUUACUGAAUCUGACAGCGAGCAAUCACAAUCAAAUGUUGCAGUUGCAUGUUGAAUGUUGAUGACACGAUAUAGACUGCUGCAGUUUCUACCUGCUCUGUUGUCUAUCUACACACUUAAGCCCCUCUCAUUUGCAUCUGCAGUAAGCAAGAUGAUCUGAUGCUGGUGCUCUGCUAUUUAUGUAUUAUGGAGCAAUGGGCAUCGAUACUGUUGACAGCAAAAAGAGUUUCUUUGGCACAUGAUGCAGAAGUUCCGGCGAUAUAGUUGAUGGGUGGGGACACCAACAAGAGUUGCCGGCAACCGUGGAUGUGAUGUAAAACUGGGAAGUCAAUGACUACAUUUCUCUUGCAUUUCACUUUGUAGCAAUGAAAUGAUAUCAUAGAAAUCAACUUCUUGGCCAACUUUUAUACAUAGAUGUUGAUUCUUAUUGUAAGGAGCUAAAGGCUAGCCUGACCUGUACACAGCAUAGAUAUGCAAUUCUCUGUUUUCUAACUUCAAUUUCACAUUUGCUAAAGCAAAUUCCUAA